UAUUUCUUUCUCAGUAAGAAGUUUUAUCUAAGUAAAAACACUUACUUUCCUCUAGAUUUUUCUCUUUCACUGAAAUCUUUGUAGUAAAUCCGACUCUGUUGUGACAUCUUCCAUCGAAUCUCACUGGACAAGAGAGAGGAUACAAUUUGGCUCCAUUUAAGAAGAGUAGCUACUAAAGAAAGAGAAGCUUUAGCCUCAUCUGACUUUGUUUGCUGUACCUCAUGGUUGCAGUUUCUCUGGGAGAACAUCUGAAGAGAUACACAGACAUACAAAAAUGCUCCUUUUGUUCUGUGGGGUUUUUUUAUCCUUUCUUGAAUGUGUAUCAAUCUCUUGCAAAUAAUGGCUUGAUGGGUAACUUUUUACUGCAGUGAUUACAAUACUUUGUAAUAAUUGAGUAGGCACAGUACUUUGAUCUAAUACUGAAGAGAUUAACCUGUCUUUGGAGAAUCCACUCCACCAUCUUUUUAAAACUGGAUAAACAGGAAUCCUUGGGUCACUUUCUUCUUCUUGAGUAACUAAUUAGGGUCACUUACACUUUAUAAACCUAAUUCUUUAAUGGAUAAAGAAAAGUGGAAGUGAUACCUAUAUUUUAAAGCCUCACCUGGAGGAGAGAAAAGGUAGAUGUUGUUAAAGGGAAUAACAGUAACCAACACCAUCAUGGUUGCACAGCAAUGUUCAUUUUAAUGUCUCGGUGACCAGGAGCUUCUAAUUUUCUGCCCUCUUUACCUUGAAGUUGAAUAUCUUCAGGUUUGUACCCUUUAUGCUUUAAAAACCAGCAAUAAAACCCAUCUGAAAAGAACCUAAACACAGCAAACUGGGAAAAAUACUUCGCAUUUUAAGAAAAUUUCUCUGAAAGUUUGGUUGUUGUCUUUUGAAAGUUCCUGGUUUUGAAAGAUUUGAGGUAAAACUUGUCUUUUUAUUGACAGCAGCAAAUCUGAAUGUAAGUAUUGCAGUGAAAUUAGUUUCACCAUGAUGAAGAAUAACAUAUUGGAUGGAUGCCUAUUUCAUGUUUUCCAUGGUCAAAAUCCACCACUGUCCCAGUUCCAGGGGCUCAUGGUAAGAGCAAAGUACAACUUAUCCUUUGCAAGGGUUGCAGGACUGAACCCUCCCUUACAAAGUGCAUGACUAAGAAAUUGUUUUGUUUGUAUGUGCUGAGUGGGAGUGUUUUGCAGAGCACAAAUUGCUACUUGCUGUUACUAACCUGACAGGAGGGACUCUGAGUAUGGCAAAGGAAUGAUUGGCAUUGCACUCAUCUUGGACUUCCAUGCUUUCAAACAGCUGAUAGAUGCGCACAUCUGGAUUCCAGUCACAUAAGCUAAUUCUCUCUGACAAGAAGCUGCAGGAGAACUUUUGGAAUUAAGCCUUCAUUUGAUACUUGCACUAAUGCCUGGAAACUACACUGCAAAUUACUGACCCUUCUCAGCCACACAGUGCAAGUCAGGUGUUGCCCCUGUGACUGGUUUGUAUAAUGUGCCUCACUGCUUGAGGAAUCCCAGGGGGAGAAAAAACCCAGGUUCCCUGGUAAGACGUGUCCCAGGAGAGCAGUGGGGUCCUGGAAGGGAAAGCAGCUGCUGAAUGGCAGAACAGGACUCACAAGUGAGGGAAGGUAAAGCACUGGCACUGAGAGAUGGAGUAACACAGAAAUGGCUCCUGCCAGGAGACAGACAGCAGACGGAGCACUGGCAGCAAGUCCAGACUGCUGGGAACCUGAGAGCCAAAUUUCCCUCUCCCAGACAGCCCCUCUGGCUCUUUUCCGUUAUUCUGGUGGCCCCUGCUAAAGCAUCUCAAUGCUCUCUGUGCUCCAGCUGUGCGUGCUGCCCACCUCUCGGCUCGGCGCUGCGCCUCCAGAGCUCCCUAGCAACCCGCGAGUGCACGGGGGAGCUGCAGCUGCCUAUUUUGAGAAUCCUAGCUGGCGGUUUUCAGUGUCAGGAAUCGGAAGAGAUGGAGGGUGGAAUAAGGGAAGAAGCUGUAAGACUACCCUGAAGGACUGGGGAACACACACACAGCCGGUGGCUUUAGUGAUCCAUGAGCCACUUUAUGAAACUAACAGGAAAGUAUGAAACUACUGACUUACAAACCUGUACACCCAGCAGCUACACUUCUGUCCUACUCAUAAUCUGCCUGCCCCAUGUCCUCAAACAUGCUUCCUUUGCCACAGUGUAGGAAACUUCCACAGCACCCUAAAUCCUCCCUCUCCCAUUCCCUCACACCCACCUUUGCAAAAGAAUUGCAGCAGUUCUGUGCUCUGGCCUGGAGUGAGAGCAGUAGAGAUCUUUUGUCUGAAAGUUGGGAAAAAAACAGCCAGAAAGACAAGUGUAAUACACUGCAGCAUGUGGUUUACUUAAUGUAGCUUAGUGUUAAUUAUUUAUGAUAAUUCAUGAUUUUCCCAAGUAUAUUGCCUAAUGAUACUUGUCAUUGUAACAACAGUUAAUAAACAAUCCCCAGGUCUGCAGGCAACCAGACCAACUGCAUUAUAAUGAAAAAUGUCUACAAUUUACUUUUAAAUAUUAUUGUCAGUAGCCUACACUUUCCAGCAUUAAUUCUCCUUGGAUUUCUGCAUGUCACUGCUUCCUUUCCUUCCUGCUCUCCUUCCUGUCCUUGCUCUCCCAUUAAGCCCAAAACAGUGACAUGUGUUCUCAUUCACUAACUGUACACGAGUGCUACUGUACUAUUGCAAUGUGUUAUAAAUAGCACAGAUUGAGGAAUACAGUUCAUUCUGAAAAACUAUCUUUAGAGAUGACCUUUGCAACUCUAACUAUAUCUUUCCUGUUUUUCACAGCAUGUUCUGGAUUGUGAUGCUCUUCAUUUGGUGCAGUUUAUUAAUUACAAAAGAGCUUAGAGGCUAAGCAGUAAACAGAGGAUUUGAACAAUGAGGUGGAUAAUUAAAAAGGAUUAAUGAGGUGGAUAAAAUAAAGGGAUUGAGGCCAAAUGGAGCACAAAUUUUCUAAACAUUAUUGGCCCCAAAACUCUAUCAUCCAAGGGCAUGUUCCUCUUUCCAGCUAGAUGUCUGUUUUUUAUCCAGAAGUGUCAGUCAUUCUUUCAUGACAGGUUUAUUAAUACAGUCCCAGGAGAGUUGAGCAUCAUCUAGUGUCUUCUCCUGUGGCCCUAAAUGCCUUUUCUAGCCAGUACAAGUUCCCCAGCCGGUUUGCUUUUGACUCAUUGCUGCACCCGUUUGCGUUACUAUGUUAAAAUCCACCCCAAAAGCAGGUAGGUCACAGAUGAUACUUAUCCUAUGUCUCUGCAACCUAGUGAAAUGGUUCUCAAGUAAACAGGGAGAAAGAUGGGGAAGAGAAGGGCUUGGCUUGGAUUCUGAAGCAGUAAAUCCUGCUUAAUCCAUCCCUAAAGCUGCUUGGCCAACGCCACCCCUUCAUGUGGAAGGGUUCCUCUGUGGGAAACUUUGGGGCUCAAAAUAUCCUAAAAAGACUGGUAGAAUUGUGCCUGUCAAUGCGUUUUUUCAAGGGUUUUCUUUCCCCCUCCUUUCUUCCAAGCCUCAGUGAUUCCGCCUCAAAUUUGUCCAAGGGAGCCGUGCAGGCUCCUCCAGGGUGGAGGUGCGACCCAGCACCGUGCCAGCCGUGGGAACAGCACGCGCUUAUCGCCGUCAUUGCUGAGGUGUAUUAGAUACACGUCCACUCUCUCUGGAGCCUCAGCUGCCACUCCGUUACCAGAAUAUUCCACGUUAUUUUGCGGAGGGCGGCAGGAGGGUCCAACUGCCGGAGAAACGCGAGUUGCCGCGUGGCCCGUCUCCCCGCCUCGCCUUUGCCGCAGCAGCACCGCCUGGGGAUCGUAAUUUUGUAUUUUGCCUUUUUUCGUGUAAUUUCGGGUGGAGUGGCGUUACGUAGCACGGGCCGUCUCAGGCGGGUACGCGCCGCGGGCCGUGCCUGCCCCCUGUCGGCGCCUGCGCGUCUCGCCGGGCUGCUGCGCAGCUGAAGGGAUCGGAAAUCCUGGUAGCUCUUCCUUUUGCCCGCCCUGCUGUUCUUGCACAUUGAGCAGCGUCCUCCGCCUUUGAGGGAGAUUUCCCGGCCGUUCUCCAGCCCGCCGUGGGCGCUCGCUCCCGUGCCGCUGUGCCGUCCCCGGCCUGACCGCCAGCUCGGUGCUGGUGACACGCGGUGACAGCUGCCAUGGAAGCGCUCGCAGCUGAGCCCUCACCCUGACACAGCUGCGGGCAGAGCAGCAGCACUCACCAGACCAUGUCCCUGCACAGCUGGACGCACAUCUGCAGCCGGUCAGAGGGCCAGAUGCAGUACAUACCACUGGAUCUGCUGAUUCACAUAAUAUGUUAAAGGAAAAGCCUCUAAUGGAAAGUAAACUUAAAGCAUUCAGUAUUGGCAAAAUGAGUGCUGCCAAACGGACUCUGAGCAAGAAGGAGCAAGAAGAAUUAAAAAAGAAGGAGGAUGAGAAGGCUGCUGCAGAAAUCUAUGAAGAAUUCCUUGCUGCCUUUGAAGGAGGUGAUGGUAAUAAAGUGAAAACAUUUGUAAGAGGAGGAAUCGUUAAUGCAUCUAAAGAGGAGCAUGAAACAGAUGAAAAACGGGGUAAAAUCUAUAAACCUUCGUCCCGAUUCUCAGAUCAAAAAAAUCAACCAAGUCAGCCAUCUAAUGAGAAACCUCCAUCCCUCCUAAUGAUAGAAACCAAAAAGCCUCCUUUGAAGAAAGGAGAGAAGGAAAAGAAAAAGAGUAAUUUGGAACUUUUUAAAGAAGAAUUAAAGCAAAUCCAAGAGGAGCGUGAUGAAAGGCACAAAACAAAAGGUAGAUUGAGUCGUUUUGAACCACCCCAGUCUGAUUCAGAUGGGCAGCGUCGUUCAAUGGAUGCUCCUUCAAGAAGAAACAGAUCAUCUGGUGUACUGGAUGAUUAUGCACCAGGAUCACAUGAUGUUGGAGAUCCAAGCACAACAAAUCUGUAUCUGGGAAACAUCAAUCCUCAGAUGAAUGAAGAGAUGUUAUGUCAAGAAUUUGGCCGCUUUGGACCAUUAGCAAGUGUUAAAAUUAUGUGGCCAAGAACCGAUGAAGAAAGAGCAAGAGAAAGGAAUUGUGGCUUUGUUGCCUUUAUGAACAGGAGAGAUGCUGAAAGAGCAUUGAAGAAUUUAAAUGGCAAGAUGAUUAUGUCGUUUGAAAUGAAGCUGGGUUGGGGCAAAGCUGUACCUAUACCACCACAUCCAAUCUACAUUCCGCCUUCCAUGAUGGAGCAUACCCUGCCACCUCCUCCGUCAGGACUGCCUUUCAAUGCCCAGCCUAGAGAGAGGUUGAAGAAUCCUAAUGCUCCAAUGUUACCACCACCAAAAAACAAGGAAGAUUUUGAGAAGACUCUGUCGCAAGCCAUAGUCAAAGUGGUUAUCCCAACAGAAAGGAAUUUGCUCGCUUUGAUACAUCGAAUGAUAGAGUUUGUGGUUCGGGAAGGGCCCAUGUUCGAAGCCAUGAUCAUGAACCGAGAAAUCAACAACCCAAUGUUCAGGUUUUUAUUUGAAAACCAGACUCCAGCCCAUGUGUAUUAUAGAUGGAAGCUUUAUUCAAUUCUUCAGGGGGAUGCUCCAACCAAGUGGAGGACAGAAGAUUUCCGUAUGUUCAAAAAUGGAUCCUUUUGGAGGCCACCACCAUUGAAUCCAUACUUGCAUGGGAUGUCAGAAGAGCAAGAAACGGAGGCAUUUGUGGAGGAACCGAACAAGAAGGGUGCACUUAAGGAAGAACAGAGGGACAAACUAGAGGAAAUUCUGCGUGGAUUAACACCUCGGAAGAACGAUAUUGGUGACGCAAUGGUUUUCUGUCUAAAUAAUGCGGAAGCUGCUGAAGAAAUUGUGGACUGCAUUACAGAGUCAUUGUCCAUUCUCAAGACUCCUCUUCCUAAGAAGAUUGCAAGAUUGUAUCUAGUGUCAGAUGUGUUAUACAACUCUUCAGCUAAAGUUGCCAAUGCUUCCUACUAUAGAAAAUUUUUUGAAACAAAAUUAUGUCAGAUAUUCUCUGAUCUCAAUGCUACUUACCGUACAAUACAAGGCCAUUUACAGUCUGAAAAUUUCAAGCAACGAGUGAUGACAUGCUUCCGAGCAUGGGAAGACUGGGCAAUCUAUCCAGAACCAUUUCUGAUCAAACUACAGAAUAUUUUCUUGGGACUUGUAAAUAUCAUGGAAGAUAAAGAAACGGAGGAAGUACCGGAUGAUCUUGAUGGUGCUCCCAUUGAGGAAGAGCUCGAUGGUGCUCCACUAGAAGAUGUGGAUGGAAUUCCUAUUGAUGCUGCUCCUAUUGAUGAUCUGGAUGGAGUCCCAAUUAAAUCACUGGAUGAUGAUCUUGAUGGAGUUCCUUUGGAUACAACUGAAGAUUCAAAAAAGAAUGAGCCUAUAUUUAAAGUUGCCCCUUCGAAGUGGGAAGCAGUGGAUGAAUCGGAACUGGAAGCCCAAGCUGUUACUACUUCUAAGUGGGAGCUUUUUGACCAACAUGAAGAAUCUGAGGAGGAAGAAAUUCAAAAUCAAGAAGAAGAAAGUGAAGAUGAAGAAGACACUCAGAGUUCUAAGUCAGAAGAACAACACAUGUAUUCCAAUCCUAUUAAAGAGGAAAUGCCCGAAUCCAAGUCAUCAGUCAAAUAUUCAGAAAUGAGUGAAGAAAAGCGUGCCAAACUCCGAGAGAUAGAGCUUAAGGUGAUGAAGUUUCAGGAUGAGUUAGAGUCUGGGAAAAGACCCAAGAAACCAGGCCAGAGUUUUCAGGAACAGGUUGAACACUAUAGAGACAAGCUGCUCCAGAGGGAAAAAGAAAAAGAGAUGGAAAGAGAACGGGACAGAGACAAAAAGGACAAGGAAAAGUGUGAGACCAGGUCCAAAGAUAAGAAGGAAAAGGAAGAAUGUACACCAACACGAAAAGAGAGGAAGAGGCGGCACAGCGCCACGCCCAGCCCGUCCCGCAGCAGCGGCAGCCGCCGAGCCAAGUCUCCCUCGCCCAAAUCGGAACGCUCCGAGCGCUCUGAGCGCUCUCACAAGGAGAGCUCCCGCUCCCGCUCUUCACACAAAGAUUCUCCCAGAGAUGUCAGUAAAAAAGGCAAAAGGUCGCCAUCUGGCUCCAGGACACCCAAAAGAUCAAGAAGAUCACGAUCUAGAUCCCCUAAAAAGUCAGGGAAAAAAUCCAGGUCUCAGUCCCGUUCUCCUCACAGAUCUCACAAGAAGUCAAAGAAAAGCAAACACUGACAUUGUUAAUAUUUUUUAUGAUGCUGUCACUUACUGGAAAUGCGGUUUUGUUUUUGUGCCUGAACAGUCUGUUUAAAAACAAAAAAGCAUUCCUGAUUAUUUUUUUUUUGUGAAUGCACGUGUAUACUCAUGAGUAUCGGCAUCUGUAGACCUGUCAUUGUUUUAUAUUGUACAAAAUAUCUUCAUUGUGACUAUUUCCCAAAAGAAACAUUUUUGUGUUUAGAAGUUUCAUCAGAAAUGUGUGUAACUGAUCUGCUGGCAGUAGUGAUAUUUUGUUUUUAGAACGUUGUGACAUAGCUGAAAUAACCCAAAUGUUCCCCCUUUUUGUAGCUUUGACAAUUUGAAUUAGAUUUCAAAUAAAAUCUGAACAGAAAAUGAA